AUGGUUGGAAUAUCCACUAGCACUAAAGUCUACCAGACACCCUUGGCAGCGCGGCAUAGUAACGGGACAGACAGUAGGGUAGGAGGAGGUGGACGGUUGAGAGAAAGAGGGCAAGAGAGGUCAUACCGGGGGACGCGUAAGCCCUGGGACUUGAUUCACACAACCCGAGUCAUUAAUAGACAACAAGAUAGCAUUUACCUGGUGCAGUGCGAUAAAGCUAUGGAGGAUUGUAUCGCAGUUAGCGGCGGUCAUCGCGCAAUAUCAGGCCGAGCCCACCGGACAUUUUCUUCGCAUGAUUACAGUAGGGCGAAGUCGUGCAAGAUCGAGGGUGCUCAUUUGCGCGUGGACGACGACGAUGCUCGGGCCAUCAUUGCUUGGGUAGCGGAGGUGAUUCGAGUUGCGGAGGGGCUUCCCGGGUCGAUGCGCAGGUCUGGCGUCUUGAACAGGUUGCCCGAGUUCAAGAACUCAGGGAGCGCGUUGCGCUUGACGGAAGGGAUCGUGCGUCUGGGCGGCGAGAUAGCGCUGGGCCUGUGCUUCGAGACGCGCGUGCGCGGCCUCGAGCACGUCGGGUAUGUCCUCGUCCGCAUCGUCGUUGCUGUCCCCGCCGCCGUCCUCGUUGUCCUUCCCCCCUCUUCGGCCACCUCGUCGUCGUCGCCCGGCUCUCCUUCCUCCUCGCCAAGCACACACACGGAUAACCCCGCUUCUUGCGCUCACAAUAGCCGGCGGGGACGGCAACGGCGCUUGGGCAAUUCUUACUUGGGUUGCGGACGUGGUACGAGUUGCGGAGAGGCGUCCCGGGUCGACGAGCUGGUGCGGCGUCUUGAACAGGUGGCGCGAGUUGAGGAACCCGGGAAGCGAGCGGCGCUCGACGGGGUGGAUCUUGGAUGUGUCAAACCAGACGGCGUAGGAUGGGGUCGUGCGUGUGGGCGUCGAGGUAGCCGUGACGUCGAGCGGAACGAGCGAGGCGGUCGUGAGGAGGAGAUGGCAUGGCGCAGGUCUGAGUGCGGUACACAUGCGGAGCCGAGUGAAGGGGACGUCAUUGGCGAGCCCGGGACUAGGGAUGGCGGUCAGUGGCGCAGGGUGCUGAUGUCAGAGGACUGGAGGAGCUCAAUGCGGUGCUCUCCCGGAUGUCCAACUAUUAGCCGUUGCCGCCCUACUGCUCGCCUUGCUCGUCCCGGUGCCAUAGCCGUCUCGACAGAAUAUGGUGAUUCAGCGCAGCUCAUCGUCGCAGAUCGCUCAGGACAUACCUCUGAUACGAAUUACGGUGUCCGCCUGCAACUGCUGCCUUACAGCAUGCUCGCCUUGCUGCUCCCAGUGUCGGAGUCGUUUUGCCCGGAAGAGGAAGCGGCGCGGCCAGCCGAAUGGAAGAGCAUGAGCACCGUUGCGAAAGGCGCAUGGAACAAGGCCUACCGGGAGAGCCUUCAAUCCCAGGCGCCGGCAACGGACGGAAGACCAUUGCCGACUCGGUCUUCUAAAGCUGCUGCAAGUAAAGCGUGGGCGAGCAGUAUUCCGGCUUCAAGGACCCGUGAUCGGGCGAACAAGGCCAAGGAUCCAAAACGGAAGCGGUCCGAUCCCAGAAAGUGCUGCAAGCAACUCGUCCGUCACGCGAAACAGGAAGGCUCAGAAGUUAUCGACAGGGACUCGCAAGCAGCUUCCAACCGCGACGACCGAUUGGCUCCGCCUCCGGAUGCUACCCAGAUCAGACCCACCGGCAAGAGAAGCAAGGAUACCGAUAGCGAAGAGUCUAGCGACGACGACGAAGAACAAGAUGAGCUUGGAAAUGAAGAUGGCGAGGAGUUGGAAGAGGAAGAUGAUGAUCUCGACACGCUCGCAAAGCGUGAUCCAAAGGGGUUGCAAGAGAAGCUUCGCGCCGAGCGUCCGGUCAUCAAGCCCAAGGGCCCUUCGCCGAAGGAUGCGGGGCAGGGUGCCUCCAACGAGGGGAUGGAUCCGUCUCUCGUCGAGUCAUCAGCAACGAAGUACACGACAACCAGUCGUCUGCGUGAGCCCCCAUCGGCUCCGGAUCGAAAAGGCAAGGGGAAGGCAACGGUACCUCACAGCGGUGGCCUUGGAUAUGUCGAAGAGGAUGACGAGGAGGAGGUUCCCGUCAAGGUGCCGACACGUCCGAAGCGCAAGCCGACAGCCCCCGUCUACGUCCAUCCUGACGUGGACAAUCCUGUUCCACACGAUACCACCACGAUGCAACACCCUCGUACUGGGUUACCAGCAAAGAAGCGCACAACAGGCACUGCUGAGUCGAAGGGCGUGUCGUCAAAGAGGAAUGUGGGACAGGGAUCCUCCAAUGACAGGACCGACCCCUCUCAAGUUGGGACAUCGGCAAUGAAGCACACGAUGGACGCUUCGAAGACCAGCCGUCCGCGUGAUCGAAAGGGUAAAGGAAAGGCAACGGCACCGCCGCACGACGGUGACCUUGGAGAUGUUGAAAAGGACGACAAUGAGGAGACUUCCGCCAACAUGUUCACACGUCGGAGGCACCAGGCGCAGGAUUACUCUGAUGUUGACGUAGAGGACGAGAACAUUGACCCAAGUCAAAUGCAAGAGGAUUACCGUAUCGCGAUGGAGGCUGAAGAAUUAUCAAAGCCACUGCCACCGAUGCCGCGCCGCAUUCGAGGUGUCAUGGAAAACUCUGAUGGCAACGUCCAGCCAUCGACUUCGAGUCUGACGUCGGUUGCGCCCGCGGCCACCUGGUCUGCUACCACCGACGUGUACGCGUUGCAAGGCAAAAAACCCGGUCUAAAGGUGCAAUCUGUCUCGCUCCAGAAUCUACUCAAGGCUGCCAUGUGCCGUAUGCAGGUGGAGUUGGUCUUCGUCAAUGCGUAUGCCGAUCCGAACAUGCGCCACGAUGCCAUUAUCAAGAUCAUGACUCGGGAUGCAGAGGAGCUCUCACCGCCUGAGCCGCAAUUAGUUGAUUGCCUGAAGAAGGACAUGUCCUCGUGGCGUAGAAACUUAACAUCGCUGGUUGAUAACCGUCUCAUCACCUCGCGUAGCGAGCUCAGAAGAAUUGUUGCGAUUCAUGUUGGUAAUGAGUACGGCGUACCCACCCAGCGGUCUGCUCGUGCCUUGGUGUGGUACCGUGAUGCUUCAUACAUAUAUCCAGGUGACGUUGAGCUUGGUAACCUAAAGACAGGCAAGUGUUACCAGCAGGAGAUCUUUGCCGCCAUUAUUGCGGAUGCAUUCUUCCGCAAGGCGGGUUUUGGCAUGUCGGAACGGCAUCGGUUUGUGGAUCCCGAUAACGAGAACAAACUCAGGAUCCCACCUCCUAUGCUAGCAUAUGUUGCUACGCUUAUUCAUGCUGCACUUCGUACUUGUGCUGAGGAACCCGCGACGAAAUCAAAUCGGGCACCAAGGGCUGAAACAUAUGAGAAUGUGUACCGGAACCAUUUGGUGACUAUUGAAGCACUCGAGGGCAAUCAGCCAGUUAGGUACCGUCAUACUCUGCGGAACAUGUACCGAAGAGCAACAGAAAUGGCUGAUGCUGAGGGGUUGGUAUGGGGAUCAGCUGAGCUAGAUGGUAAUGAUAGUGAGGAUUCGGAGAUGGAGAAUGACGAGGACUCAGAGGCAGAGGUCAUAGAGGGUGGGGAGUAG